AUGUUUUCGCCUCUAAUCCUGCCAACGCUCCUCCUAGCUGGCGCCACAACGGCCAUCCCAGCCCCAGCCAGACGCGCCCUGCCCCCGGCCUUCUUCCUGGCUGGUGACUCAACAACAGCCCCCAAUGGAGGCUGGGGCGACGCCUUCGUCUCCUCUCUGACCGGUGGCUCAACAGGCCAGAACUUCGGCGAUUCCGGCGCAACAACGUUCUCCUUCCGGAAUGAGGGAUUCUGGGCUGAGGUCCUGGAAGCCGUUGAGACCGCAAGCGGGUCGUACACGCCCUAUGUGACAAUCCAAUUCGGGCACAACGACCAGAAGACGGAGAGUGGACUCGCUGCAUUCAAGGAUAAUCUUGUCCAGUUCGAUGCAGAUGUACGCGGUGCCGGUGGGAUCCCGAUCUUCUUGACGUCCCUGACAAGACGCAAUUUCGGAGACGAUGGGCUCGUCAAGGAUGAUUUGGAGAACGUGCGGAAUUUAACGAUCGAGGCCGCGACGGAGACGGGGACGCUCUGGGCCAAUUUGAAUGUCGCUUCUAGGGAGUAUGUCAAUGAGAUUGGGGAGGAGGAUUCGCAUACGUAUAACCUGAGCGAGGGCGACAACACCCAUCUCAACGAGGAGGGAGGCGUGGUCUUUGCGGGCGUUGUGGGAAUCUUGCUGAAGGAGCUUGAUGCAGACUUUGACCAAUACAUCUCUAUCGAUGAGGCGCUCGUGCAGGCGGUUGAGGAAGGGGUGUAUUAUUGGCCUGAGCUGUAG